GUGACUGGUUGACUGUGGACGUGUAAAGCAUAGUUGUCUUUCGAAACUGUGAGAGGGUGGAUUGCGGACGGUGUUUUAAUUUUCACGUGUUGCAGUAGAACGUGUAAAACAAGAAUUGCUGUAUAUAAAUAGUGUAAAACUCCGUAAAUAUGGGGAUCAAGUUCCUAGAGGUAAUCAAGCCGUUUUGCAGUAUACUUCCAGAAAUCGCGAAACCUGAACGUAAGAUUCAGUUUCGUGAGAAGGUGCUAUGGACAGCGAUAACGUUAUUCAUAUUUUUAGUCUGCUGCCAGAUACCCCUGUUUGGCAUAAUGAGUUCAGACUCUGCAGACCCAUUCUACUGGAUACGUGUUAUUCUAGCUUCCAAUCGAGGUACUCUUAUGGAACUUGGCAUUUCCCCCAUUGUAACUUCAGGUUUAAUUAUGCAGCUAUUGGCUGGAGCCAAAAUAAUUGAAGUCGGUGACACACCAAAGGACAGAGCUUUAUUCAAUGGAGCACAGAAAUUGUUCGGCAUGGUCAUAACUGUUGGACAGGCAAUAGUGUAUGUUAUGACUGGCAUGUAUGGUGAUCCUUCAGAGAUUGGUGCUGGCGUUUGCCUUUUGAUCAUAAUUCAGCUUUUUGUUGCUGGUCUUAUUGUUCUUCUGCUUGAUGAGCUUCUGCAGAAAGGCUAUGGACUUGGAUCUGGAAUUUCACUGUUCAUUGCAACAAACAUAUGUGAAACAAUUGUGUGGAAGGCAUUCAGUCCAACUACUGUGAAUACAGGACGUGGUACAGAAUUUGAAGGUGCAGUGAUUGCCCUGUUUCACUUACUGGCAACACGUCAGGACAAAGUGAGAGCCUUGAGGGAAGCAUUCUAUAGGCAGAAUCUGCCAAACUUGAUGAAUCUGCUUGCAACUAUUCUUGUUUUUGCCAUUGUAAUUUACUUCCAGGGCUUCAGGGUGGAUCUGCCAAUAAAAUCUGCUCGCUAUAGAGGCCAGUACAGCAGCUACCCAAUAAAGCUGUUUUAUACAUCAAACAUUCCUAUUAUCUUGCAAUCAGCUCUUGUUUCGAAUCUCUAUGUCAUAUCUCAGAUGUUGGCUGUAAAGUUCACUGGGAACUUCUUUGUAAACCUUCUUGGUGUUUGGGCUGAUGUCGGCGGUGGUGGCCCAGCUCGUGCCUAUCCAGUUGGUGGCCUCUGCUAUUACUUAUCACCACCAGAAAACAUAAUGCAUAUCCUGGAAGAUCCUGUACAUGCACUGCUGUACAUUAUUUUCAUGCUUGGAUCGUGUGCAUUUUUUUCGAAGACGUGGAUUGAUGUGUCUGGCUCGUCAGCAAAAGAUGUGGCAAAGCAACUUAAAGAGCAACAAAUGGUAAUGCGUGGACAUCGUGACAACUCCAUGAUUAGAGAGUUGAACCGUUACAUACCAACUGCUGCAGCCUUUGGUGGUCUGUGCAUAGGAGCACUUUCUGUUCUGGCUGACUUCUUGGGUGCUAUUGGUUCUGGUACUGGUAUCCUCCUUGCUGUAACAAUCAUAUACCAGUAUUUUGAAAUAUUUGUGAAAGAACAGAGUGACAUGGGCAGCAUGAGUACACUAUUAUUCUAAGACCAUUUUCACCAUACAUACAGGAUGAAGUUGUUCCAUCACAGCAGUGUCUGCUGUUAGUUGAGUAGCUGUUGUGCAUCAUCAGAAACAUAGUUAAAUGCAUGAUAAGUGUUUUCUUUUGUUGUAGCUGUACCAGACUAUUUCCCACUAUAUCCUGUAUGGAAUUCAAUGUCACAUCAUAAUGCAGAACUAUUUGGAGGUUUCUUAUUGUUUUAAGUGUCAUAGACAUAAGUGUUCCUUAUUAUUUAUUGUUUUUGGGGCUGUAACUGCACUGCAAGAGACAAGUGGUGACACAAUGUACACAUGUAUAACCUGAAAGAGAUAGCCUGUUUACACUUCUCUGCUCUGUAUGUCAAUGAAGAUCGCCACCAAUAAAAGCAGAUGAUAAAGAUGCCACAAAUAUCAAAGUUUGAAUUUAUCACACCACUUUAACAUUACUCAAAUGUUCUCAACUGUGAUUGAAAUGCAGGAAGAAUUGUGUCCUAUGUCUGAUUGUAAUUAUUGGGCACUUCCUUCUUGUGGAAGGGAUAUCCCUAUCUUUCAGUAUCUCCUUUACUUCCCCUGUAACCAAACUUAAGAUAGAUCUCUCGAAAGUUAUUUACCUAAGGAUUAUAAUGUUUUUAUGUUUUUGGCACACAUUACCAAGGUUCUUGGUAAUAGCAUUAGGAAUACCUGCAAGGUUUUUUUUUUUUUUUCUGUGACACCAUCUUUUGUAAAUUUGUCUGCGCAGUAAAUUAAUAAAGGUUUGACAUUUUCAUUCAUCUCAGAAAUUGAUACAAGUAAUUAGUGUCAAAUUUGCUGUGAAAAAGUUGGACUUGACAAUGACAUAAUUGUGACAAAGAAAAGAUUGAAUGUUACAUUUGCUUCAAAAUCUGGUCAUACCAGUGUGUGUUAAGUUUUCAGAUUUCCUGACAUGUCAUCAGAAUUUUCACAAAAACUAUCUGUGAAUGAAUUGUUUUAGGUUAAAGUAAUGACAUAAUUGUCACAGCAUACUGCUUCUUAGUUAUCUGAAAAAAGUCUGGGUGGAAUAGCAAUAGAGUGGUUUUAAGAACUGCACAAAAGAUAAACCCCUCUGAAUCACAUUCAUAAUAAAAUCACAUAGCAUUAAUUUCGUUACAUUGGACAGGUUACAUAACUUUGUUGAUGUUAUAGCAUUUAUAAGUUUUUGUUAAAAAAAUAAAGAUUAAAAAAAGAAUGUGUGUGUGUGUGUGUGUGUGUGUGUGUGUGUGUGUGUGUGUGUGUGUGUGUGCGCGCGCGCGCGCGUGCGUGAGAGAGAGUGCGAGAGAGAGAGAGAGAAGUAAUUUUGUAUUGUAUGUCCCUUAAUAAUGAGUGAACUUGGUCUUUGUGGUUUGAUUUGCAAGGGUACACAGUUGUUUUUUUAAACAUAAUGUGAAAUCUUUCCAUGUAUACGUGACUGUCAGUGUGUUAUUUGGUUACUUUGCUGACUUGAUAUAUUUAUUUGGUGUAGUCACAAACCAUUCAGUGAUCAUGUGUAAUACUCACAGGUGUACAAAUAGUUUCUUAAUUACUAUUACAUUCAUAGUAAAUCAUUUCUUUGAAAAAUGAGACUGAAUCAAAGUCAAUGACAGCAGAUGAUUUUGCACGAAGAAUCAUUUGUACACCCAAAACAUUCUCACACACCAGAGUAAAGCAUUAUCAGAGUUUUGUUACUGCCAUUUAAAUUUUCUGGUGUGGUUUUGGUACUGCUACUUCUUUGAGAAUCUUAUUAGGGAAUGGAAAUACGAAAGCAAAAGUUGACAUAAUAAAAACAACCAAUAUUGUUGUGUGGUCACCUAAGUCAAGCACCAUAGUGAAUGGCAUUAAUUACAAUAUGUGUAGUGGAAAAUACUAAAAUAUACCAACAAAUAUUGAGAGUAAAGCUGUUAUGAAUGCACUUGGAGAUAUAUUAUUCAGAGUAACACAGUGGCUUGUGAAAAUAAUGGUAAUGCAUUCUUCUUCCAUGCUACAUUUAAUAGUACACACAGCUUGAUUGUGUAACACCACCUGUUAGUAGUGUGGUGGUUGGAUGGAUACAUUCUUAUCUCUGGUUGUAGGUUUUUUGUGUUGUUCAAAAAUGGUGCAGCUCAUAUUGUGUUGCUGUGUAGCUCUUAAGUUGACACAAGCAUUCAUGAUAGAUUGCCAGGAAACGUUUCUAAACAAAUAUAUUUCAGUAUUGUAUGUGCAAUGUGUAAAAUUCCAUUAUAAUUUCAUUGGAUAAGUGUCUAAUAUAUUUGAUUACCUUUCAAGAUUUGAUUACUUAGUGAUGAAUGUAGCAAGACAACCUAAUGUAAUGAAUGAUAUAUAACUUGAUCUCUUGUAACUUCCUUUCCUCUUUGGUGACAUACACACUUAAAACUGUAAACAGUGUAAGGUUUGUUUGGCAUACUAUAAGGAAUUAUUUUUUUAAAAAAAGAAAGAAAUCACUUGAAUUCUUGUAUUUGACAUGUUCAAGAAUAUUGUUAAUGGUGGGGAUGUAAAUUAAUAUUUCACCAAAUUAUCUGUUUAUUUUGGUAAUUAUUUAUAGUAUACAGACUAAUAAUGAAAAAGUUCCCUGAACACUGGGUGCUUGUUUUAUAUUUUGCAGAUGUAAUGUAAUUGUAAUUAAUUAUGUAAGUAGGAAAAAUUGUGUAGCUCUGUUAUAUUUUCAGAAUCAGACUUUUUGCAUCAAAUAGUGUGUUUGCACUUCCUUUGUAUAUCCUUUCUUGUAUUUUGUGUGGUAUAGAUGGUUUUUUUUUUCAAGAAAUUAGUUUUUUUGAAGUGUGUGUGUGUGUGUGUGUGUGUGUGUGUGUGUGUGUGUGUGUGUGUGUGUGUGUAAGCAUCACCUAGGAUUUAAAGAGAACACUUAAAAUAGGAAGAGCAGUAACAUUUCAUUUCAUUAUAUUAAAACAUUAGAAUAUUCCCCACAAAGAAGUCAGUGAAAAUAUUUUGUUUCCUUUGGUGUAUACUUGCCAGAAUGACUGUAGCACAAGAAUUUUUAAGUAACAAAUUAAAUUGUAACUAAAGGUUGUGGAUCACCAUUACAUGACUGUGUCAAAAAAGAACACAUGCUACAUCAAAAUGCAGGAACUGUGUACUGAAAAAAAAAACAUUGUAAUUUGACAUAAUAUAGAUAAGGGCAUGAGUAUUUGGGUAGGCCAAGGAUAGAGCUCUGAAAA